GUUCUUCUCUGAGAGAGGAAAACCUUCUCGUUUUCCCAUAUGAAACCCUAGCCUUUUCUGGCAACGAUGGUGCCGCGUCUCCGAUGAUGCAAUUCAGCGGCAAUAUACCGCCGGGAUCCCCUUCGCCGGUCACGAACUCAUGGUGCCGAGAUUGUUCAGAACGGAAGGAUUUAGCUCUCCAAUUGAGGAUGGCUUGCUGAUCGUUGGACGCACUGCUUGCCAAAUCGGCCAGCUCCAAUGUCGAUCUCGACCUCCCCAGGGCUUAGGUAAACUGGGUUGAAUAUGAAUUGGUCCACCAGGAGGCCACAAAUGGAUUUUCCAGUACAGAGCAUUGGAAAAGGUUCAAGUGAUUGAAAUGGAACAUAAGGAGGAGGUUGUGAGGUCAAGAUUCAAGAGGGUUUGUGUGUUUUGUGGAAGCAAUACUGGAAAGAGAGAAAGCUACAAGGCUGCUGCAAUAGAAUUAGGCCAAGAGCUGGUGUCAAGGAGGCUGGACCUUGUCUAUGGAGGUGGAAGCAUUGGACUGAUGGGUCUGGUUUCACAGGCUGUGCAUGAUGGUGGACGCAAGGUUCUUGGGAUCAUCCCCAGACCUCUAAUGGGUGCAGAGAUAAUAGGCGAAACAGUUGGGGAGGAGAGGUCUGUAGCCGACAUGCACCAAAGGAAGGCUGAAAUGGCCCGCCAUUCUGAUUGUUUUAUAGCAUUAUCAGGAGGGUAUGGAACUUUAGAGGAGUUGCUGGAAGUGAUUGCUUGGUCCCAACUUGGUAUCCAUAACAAACCUGUGGGUUUGCUCAAUGUUGAUGGCUACUACAAUUACCUCCUCAUAUUUAUUGACAAAACCGUGGAUGAUGGCUUUAUCAAGCCUUCCCAGCGCCACAUCAUAGUCUCUUCUCAAAAUGCCAAGGAGCUUGUUGAAAAACUUGAGGGGUAUGUGCCAGUGCAUGAUGGAGCCAUAGCCAAGGCAAGUUGGGAGGUUGAGCAACAAGAACAGCAGGAGAAACAACAGGUGGGGUUCAAUGUUGCUCCUGCUCCUCCUGCUACUACUUUGCAGACUGAGAUAGCUUUGUAAAAGAGGGAAGGAAGAAGAUGAGGAGGGGAUAAGGGAUGAAAGAAAGUAAGUUGCAAGUUAGGGAAAAAGGUGCUUUGGGCUCUCUUUUGAGUUUUGUUUUUGCUUUGCUCUCUGAUUUUGGUCAUAAUGACCAGACUAAAACCAGAAUGGUAUGACUAGCUUUGAUUGACAAGUAGAUAAAAUGAUGAAACAUCUGACUGGUCCAAUUGUCCAAUCUUCUUUUGUAUGCUUCAGUUUAUUAAAAGGAAGGGUCUCUAUGCUUAGUCUAGAAAUAUCAGUAUCAUUAUGCUUGUAGUUUGUGAUUCUGGAUUUUAUGUACAAAGAUUAUAUGAAACAAGAAGCAGAGAUCCA